AUGACUCUGUCCUCGUCAAUUCUUCUCAGCUGGAUUGCAUAUAUAAUCAUCUCUUACUAUGUCAUUCGUCCUAUUCCAUAUGGUUUUCUUCGAUUUCUCCUCACAUUAUUUCCAUGUGGCUUAUUAACUUGGAUCACUUGUCAAGAUCUACCAACAUUUUACGCGUCAUCAGUGAUCAUUUUAGCCAUAGCUUGGUUGACAUUUAUACGUUUGAUUCAACUAACUGUUUGUACAAUGAAUUCACCAUUAACAUUUCAAUCAUAUCUCGCGAAAAUUCUUUGGACUUUUCUUCCUAUUCGAUCCCAACAGUCCCUGAGAAAUCAGUGGCCGAUCAGUACACAACUUAUUCUAAUCGUCCUGAAAUUGUUCGUCAACCAUUGGACUUAUCGAUGGUCAAUCAGUUGUGAAACACGAGUUAGUUUUGCAAGAAUUCUCUUGUUUUACUCGUCAAUGAUAAGCAUAUCUUAUUUCCUUGAUUCCGAAGCUGUUUUCAUUCGACUACUCACUUGGAACAAAUAUACGUUAGAAUCAUUUACUAAUUUACCAAUCUUAAGCACUUCUUUACGAGAGUUUUGGGGUCGAAGAUACAAUCAGAUUGUGAAUACAGUUCUCAAAGAAUCUAUCUUUCAACCAAUCUGUACACAAUUCUCAGCUCCGACUAUGGCUGGAUUGAUGACUUUUAGUGUUAGUGGUCUCCUACAUGCUCAUCUCGCAUUGGUUCUGUUCGAUGAUUACUCAGCAUUAUUUCCAGCAUUUAUGUUUUUCUUCGUGCAUGGCUUAGUUUGUUGUUUCGAAGCGAAUCUAAAUCGUCCACUUCCUGGAUAUAUUGGAUGGUUAACCACACAUGUGUUUCUGAUCAUAACAGCGCCGUUGAUGCUUGCACCAUUUAUUCGACAAGGAUCCGAAUUUUUGGUGCUGAACCCACCACCACUGAUAAACAUAGAGUGGAUACCAAAAGUGCCCAUACCUGAUUUUUGUCUUUGA